AGCUAAAACUCCCUCAAAUCGGCGGGAAAAAAACCCUCUCGAAAAUCACCAAUUCCCAAGCGUAUUUCCCCAUUUCAAAAGCUUCUGAAAUCCCCAAAAUUCUCCAUCACCGGCUAUGAUCAACGUCUUGAACGUCGCGGAGAAGCCGUCUGUGGCGAAAUCGGUGGCCACCAUACUCUCAAGGAACCAGCAGCAUGGGAUGAGAGUUAGGGACGGGCGGUCCCGCUACAACAAGAUCUUCGAGUUCAACUACGUGAUCAACGGGCAGCCAUGCCAUAUGCUAGUGACUUCCGUCACUGGUCAUCUCAUGGAGCUCGAGUUCGAGGAUCGCUUCCGCAAGUGGCAUUCUUGCGAUCCCACCGAUCUCUACCAUGCCCCCGUCCGUAAAUUCGUUCCUGAGGACAAGAUAGAUAUCAAAAGGACAUUGGAGGAGGAAGCAAGAAGGUGCCAGUGGCUUAUUCUGUGGCUUGAUUGUGAUAGAGAGGGAGAAAACAUUGCAUUUGAAGUGAUGGAUGUUUGUGGAGCAGCAAAUCGCCACCUUACUAUAUGGAGGGCUCGCUUUUCUGCAUUAAUUGACAGGGAAAUUCAUGAGGCAGCCCAAAAUCUUGUUUCUCCUAAUCAGUGGUUUUCUGAUGCUGUGGAUGCUAGGCAAGAAAUUGAUCUCCGCAUUGGUGCGUCUUUCACAAGGUUUCAAACCAUGCUGCUGAGAGAUAAGUUUGUUAUUGGUUCUGCUCAAGAUGACAGAAAUCUUGUUCUAAGUUAUGGGCCUUGUCAGUUCCCUACGCUUGGCUUUAUUGUCGAACGUUAUUGGGAGAUACAAUCACAUGAGCCAGAAGAGUUUUGGACUAUUAAUUGUUCUCACACAACAGAUGAAGGCAUUGCAACCUUCAGUUGGAUGCGUGGACAUCUUUUUGAUUACACUUCUGCUGUUAUACUUUAUGAAAUGUGUGUUCAGGAACCAGCUGCGACUGUAACAAAGGUUCAUCAGCAGGAGAAGCGAAAGUACCCUCCGCAUCCUCUGAGUACAAUUGAGCUUGAAAAACGUGCCUCAAGAUAUUUCAGAAUGAGUUCUGAACAGACCAUGAAAGUGGCAGAAGAUCUAUACCAAGCUGGUUUCAUUAGUUAUCCUCGUACAGAGACCGAUGGCUUCUCUAGCAGGACUGAUUUGCAUACAAUUGUGCGAGAACAACAGGAGCAUCCGGUAUGGGGUUCAUAUGCUCAACGACUCUUAGAUCCUGGAACAGGAUUAUGGAGAAAUCCCAGCAGUGGUGGACACGAUGACAAAGCACAUCCUCCCAUUCAUCCAACAAAGUUUUCUGCUGGUGAAAUUGGAUGGAGUCAAGAUCAUCAUAGAGUGUAUGAGUUGGUUGUUCGCCAUUUUCUGGCAUGUGUUUCUCAACCAGCUGUUGGGGCUGAAACUAUUGUUGAAAUUGAUAUUGCUGGUGAACAGUUUUCUGCAUCAGGGAGGGUGAUAUUAGUUAAAAAUUACUUGGAUGUUUACCAUUUUGAAUCAUGGGGUGGUUUAAUGAUUCCAACCUAUCUUCAAGGCCAACAGUUUAUCCCAACCACUCUAACUCUUGAUUCAGGAGUUACUAGACCACCACCUCUUUUAAGUGAAGCUGACUUGCUUGGCUGUAUGGACAAGGCUGGUAUUGGUACGGAUGCAACAAUGCAUGAUCACAUAAAGAAGUUGCUUGAUCGAUUCUAUGCAACCAAGGACACAAGUACUCGUUUCUCACCAACUAAUCUUGGUAAAGCUCUAGUUAUGGGAUAUGAUGACAUGGGGUAUGAGCUUUGGAAGCCAAAUCUUAGAUCAAUGAUGGAGUUUGACAUGAAACAAGUUAGCAUGGGUUAUAAAAGUAAGGCUGAAGUUUUGGAAACUUGCUUGCAGCAGAUGAAAAGUUGUUUCUUAGAUGCAAGGGAAAAUAAAGUAAAACUCCUAGAAGCCAUGGCUGUUUUCUUUGAGAGAUCGGAUAGAAUGAGUGGAAAUGACCAUCUUGUAGCUGUGGAAAUUGUUCGGAAAUGUGGACUUUGCCAAGAAUCAAAUAUGGUGCUUAGACGAAAUCGGGAUGGCAAUUUCAUGGUUGGAUGCUUGGGGUUUCCUCAGUGUAGGAAUGCUAUAUGGCUUCCUGGACCUGUACUAGAGGCCACUGUAACCACCAACAUUUGCAACAGUUGCACACCAGGUCCUGUUUACUUGAUUCAAUUUAAGUUUCGGCAGCUUGAAAUACCACCAGGCUUCAAUGUCAACCAUUUAGGUUGCAUUGGUGGCUGUGAUGAGACUCUAAGACAGUUGAUAGAGAUAUGCGGAACUGGUUCCCGCGUACAAGCCAGAGGUCGAGCACCAAAUGCAACCCCCAGCAACCUCCAACAAAAUAACAUUAGGGAUGGUACUUGCAUUCACUGUGAACAAAUAGGACAUGCUUCAAAUAACUGCCCUUCACAGCUUUCAGAUUCUCGACAUGCUCGGUCCAAUGGAAUGAGUCAACAAACAGGGGAAUCUUCAGUUUCAUGUGGGACAUGUGGAGAACCAUGCUUUUUGCGUACAGCUAAUACAGCAAAUAACAGGGGAAGAAAGUUCUACUCAUGUCCAUCGCAAGGAUGCAACUUCUUUGUAUGGGAGGAUAGCUUGAAUAAUGGCACCAAUGGAAGAAAUGCUCCCUACAGAAAUGUUAGCAACUCGGCAUCUAAUCCUAGCAGAAGGGGUGGCCGUAGCAGAGGUGCACGGGGCGGUGGGACUUUUGUAUCAGCCACUGGUGAUCCCAUAUCUGGCAGAAGGUGUUACAUAUGCGGUGAUCGAUCUCACUUUGCAAAUGCCUGUCCAAUCUAAAAACAUGCUGUUAUGAAAGAAAAAUUGGUUCUGUACCUCCAGCGUUUCUGUCUAUUUAACUCCAUAUCAUAAAUUGGAAGGUUACAUAUUCUCUUUUUGGCAGGUUGAUGAGCCUUGAUCAAACUUCUUGUGUAGUUAGUGCAAAAUCAUGAGCCCUUUGUCGUUAUCUUAGGUUUUUCAAUGCAUAGAACUCAUUUAUUAA